AUGGACCAGAGGGUCAUUCGUGGGCUUCCGAGAGAGAUGUCAGUCAAUGACAUCAAAGAGGAUCUAGUGAGCCAAGGCAUCGCAGACGCCGAGGUUCAGCAGAUGACCUCAAGGACCACAAAGAAGCCACUUCCGCUCUUCCUCGUCAAGACGAAGAUGCCGGAAAAGCUUGCAGAGAUCCAGAGGCUGGCCAUGCUCACGGUCGGCUUCGAGAGGAAGAAAAUGUCUUCCGAGCCCAGCCAAUGUUACCGCUGCCAGCGGUACGGGCACACACAGCGGAACUGUCGUCUCGCUGAACGUUUUAGACAAUGUCCACAUAAUGCUUGCUGA